AUGAUGGAUUUUGUCGGGACCAUGGCCAACGCCCCCCCGCCGGGCUACGCCUCCCCGCACGACCUCGCGCUCGCCCUCCGCGUGCUGGACGAACUCUCCCUCCGCAUCGUCUCCACCGACCCCGCGACGCUGCGCGACUACCCCGGCCAUGCCGCGCUCGUGCGCCCGCGCAGCACCGAGGACGUCGUCCGGAUCGUGACCGUCGCGAACGCAUUUCGGGUCCCGCUCGUGCCGUGGGGCGGGGGGACGAGCCUGGAGGGGCAGGUAGCGGGCUAUGAAGGGCGGAGUAUAUGUGUCGAUAUGAGCGGGAUGGAUCAGAUCCUCGAGAUCCACGAGGACGACGGCGACCUGGUCUGCCAGGCGGGCGCGACAUGGGACGGCAUCAACGAGACGCUCCGCGCAAAGGGCGUCCCGCUCUUCUUCCCGCUGGACCCAGGCCCCGGCGCGACUAUCGGGGGGAUGAUCGCCACCGGGUGCUCAGGCACGAACGCGGUCAGGUACGGCACCGCGCGCGGCGAGUGGUUCCUCAACGUCACUGUCGUCCUCCCCGACGCCUCGGUCAUCAAAACCCGCCGGCGCGCGCGCAAGUCCGCGGCGGGGUUCGACCUGACGCGGCUGUUCGUCGGUGCGGAGGGGACGUUGGGGAUCGUCACUGAGGCGACGCUCCGCCUCGCGCCGGUGCUCCCGACGCGCGUCGCGCUCGCGCAGUUCGCGGACGUGGACGGCGCGGUCGGCGCCGUGCAGGCGGUGCUCAAUUCGCCGUGGGGCGCGCAUUUGCAGUGCGUGGAGCUGAUGGACGACAACAGUCAGUACGCCCCGCGCGUCGUUCGGGAGGACCCGCGGACGCUGAUCCACGUGUACGCAUGCGCAGUGAUCAGAGCGCUCAACGCCUCCUCCUCCCCCUCCGCGGCCAACUACCCCGCGCUCGACACCCUCCUCUUCAAACUCCAAGGCCCCCCGGCCUUCAUCUGCGCCACCGCAUCGCACAUCCGAGCCACCGUCGCCGCGCACGGGUGCACCCACUUCCAAUUCGCGCAGAGCGAGGAGGCGGCCGCGCGGAUGUGGGCGGAGCGCAAGCACGCGUUGGGCGCGGCGCGCGCGUGGGUGCCGGGGGCGCGCGGGGUGGGCACGGAUGUGUGCGUGCCGCCUUCGAACCUACCCCGCUUGGUGGGCGAGACGAAGCGCGACCUCGCGCGCGCGGGGAUUACAACUUCGAUCGUCGGGCACGUGGGCGACGGCAAUUUCCACGCGAUGCUGUACUACAAGAACGAGGAGGAGCGCAAGGCUGUGCAGGAGGCCGCGGGGCGGCUGGUUGAGCGCGCGUGGAGCCUGGGCGGGACGUGCACGGGCGAGCACGGCGUCGGCACCGGCAAAAAAGCGUACCUCGAGGCGGAGCUGGGCGAGGGCACCGUCGCGCUGAUGAGGGCGGUGAAGAAGGCCGUGGACCCGAAGGGGAUUAUGAACCCGGGGAAGAACUCAAGACGCCGGUAG